AAGAAAACCUAUAUCCCUCAUCAUCUAUAAACUUUUACUUCGUCUUCCUCGUUCGUAGGCACUCCCUGUUCGAAGGCGACCAUGUCUAGCAGUAGUUUUGCUACCUCAAAAUCAACAGGCCGGUAUGAAUAUGGAGAGUGGAUCCCGGUCAAACAUUGUCAAUGUGGGCAAGAAUUGAAGCUUUUGACUACAUGGAAACAAGAAAACUGUGGGAGAAGGUUUUGGAAAUGCGUUGGCAGCCAGUGGUCUGAAGGAUGCGGUUUCAUGGAGUGGUUUGACCCUCCAAUGUGCAAAAGAUCCAAGAAAAUAAUUCCAGGAUUGUUAAAAAAACUGAAUGGGUAUGAAAACCACAUUCACACAUUGGAGCUGAAGCUGGAAGCAGUUGAGAAACCAGAUAAAACAAAUGACAAGAUGGAGAAGAUAGAGCACAAAAGAUACCCUUGCACCAGACUUGUCACUUGCAUUAUAAUAGCUUUUGUGGCUUUUGUAUCCAUGUAUGCAUAUAGCAAGUAGUCUGGUAGCAUUGUUUUGUGUAUCCAGAAGAAUUUGAGGACAUGUAUUAGCUAUUACCUUUGACAUGAAUUAGCUUUGACAAAUGAGGAAUGUUGCUAUUAGCUUGACAUGUAUUGAUGACAAAUGGUCAUGUUCAUGACAUGUAUUAAUGAAGUUGUCUUACUUCCAUAUUCAAUGUUACAUAUGUUGUGUUA